GAGGCUCCGCGGAGCCGGAGGCGCAGCGCAGCGUCCCGCGGGGCAGAGGAGCCCCGAGCCCGGGGCUGUUCUUACCCCCGCCAGGAAGUUGCGGAGCCGCUGGAUCAGACGAGUCGCCGUCGCCAUCUUGGCCGCGGUGAAGGGCAGGGGCGCGGGGGGCGCCGGGAGCGCGCGCGCGGAACGCUGGGUCUCGCGAGACUCGGGGCUAUAUAAGGGGACGCGGGGGUUAGCCGCCCCUUUCCGCGCCCCGGAGCCGCCAUGGACACGAGCCGCGUGCAGCCCAUCAAGCUGGCCAGGGUCACCAAGGUGCUGGGCCGGACCGGCUCUCAGGGGCAGUGCACUCAGGUGCGUGUGGAGUUCAUGGACGACACGAGCCGCUCCAUCAUCCGCAACGUGAAGGGGCCGGUGCGCGAGGGCGACGUUCUCACCCUGCUGGAGUCGGAGCGCGAGGCCCGGCGGCUGCGCUGAGCUGGAGCCGCCCCCCUGCUGCCGAUCGUUCGUCGGGGAUGGAGCCUGGCGCAGCUCGUUCGGCCGUGGGCGCGCGUGGGGAGGAGCGUGGCGACCGGGUCACUGCAAUAAAGGGUUUUUCCAGUAGCCCCUUGCCCGGGUUUCACUCAUCAAGCGCCACCCGACAACUCUGGUUUGUUUCAUACCUGAGCACCUGCUGCUUUCCUCGGGUUCAGUAGCAACAUGCCCUGCUUGUUACUGGGGUUACAUAGAGUGUCUGCAUUGUAAUAUCACUGUUAUUGCACCUUUAUUGACCUGUCACAACAAAAAUAAUUCUGUUUUGAUUACAGUAGUCUUAAUCCUGACUUUCCUGGUAAACAAUUUUCUGUAUGUGAUGCUGAAGUGGCAUUAGAAGCUUACUGGACCUCAGUGGAAUUAAAUCGCAAGUUGAAAGUCAA